GUCAGCUGCUCGGGCCCCGCCGUCCGCCCGCCCCCGCUGGUCCUGCCCCGGCCCCCGCGCCCGUCCCGCCGGGCCCCGCUCCGCCUCCCCCGGCGGCCGGCGGCUCCUUGCAGCGCGGCCAGGCGGUUGGCAGGCGGGGCCAGGAGUGGCCGUGGCGGGGGAGUUGUUUCUCGCUGAGUAAGGCCGAGGAGGGGGCGGGUCAGAGGUCGGCGGUGGCCGUGAGGCGCUGAGGAGAACCCGGUGCCCUUCCCGGAGGAGCCGGGGAGCAAACCGCAGGGUUGUCACGCCGGCGGGUUUCGGUUCGCCUUUCUCGGCGCCGCCGAGUUGAGGGAAGGGCCGGGCCGGGCGGAGCCCGUGAGCGGGUUUUUGCCCCUCAGGGCGGCGCGCGGGACAAGCCGCCUGAAGCUCCAGAAAGAUGCAGUUCUUUGGCCGCCUGGUGAAUACCAUCAAUAGCGUCACCCAGAUAUUCACCAAUCCUUACCGGGUGAAGGAGGUGCCGGCCGCAGAGUAUGCGGCUCACAUCUGCCUGAGGGAAGACGGCAGGGUGGCCCUCUAUAAGAACAGCCUUGCUCGGUCAUGGGACUGCCUGCUGGUGAAUCCCCAGAGCCCCCACGUCGCUUUCCGGCUCUUCCAGCUGGACAAUGAAGCCGAAGCGCUGGCUCGUUUCGAGCAGUACGCCGGGCAGCUGCGCCCUUUCUACGAGAGCUCCCACCAGCCCUUGUCGCUGGAGGAUCUCCAGCAGCUCAGCGACUGCUUCCGCAACCACCCCAGCUGGACCCCGGCGCACGUCGCGGUGGAGAUCGGCCGUCGUGAGAACUUCCGACACAACCACGUUCUGAGCUGUGUGAACAGCAGGGACAGCGAGGACGGCUGCACCCCGCUGCACCUGGCGUGCCGCCGGGGAGACGUGGAGUGUCUGCUGGAGCUGCUGGAGUGCCACGCGCGGGUGGACAUCACCGACCACAGCGGGGAGACCGUCUUCCACUACGCUGUGCGAGGGAACAGCCCCCAUGUCAUCGAGCUCCUGGGCAGGACCCCGACUGCUGGCUUGGACCACCUGAGCCACGAAGGGCUCACUGCUCUGCAUCUUGCUUGUCAACUGGGCAAAGAGGACAUGGUACAGGCUCUGCUGAAGGUCCGUGCCAGCUGCAGUGUUGUGGGGACGCUGGGCUACCCCAUCCACGUGUCACUGAAGUUCUCCCAGAAGGGGUGUGCCCAGGCCAUCCUGGAGGCGGAUGCCAGCCAGGUGCGCUCCAAGGACCCGCGCUACGAAGCCACUCCGCUGCACUGGGCAAAGAAAGCAGAGAUGACCCGGCUGCUGCUGGAGCACGGCGCAGAGGUGAACGCGAGGAGCUGCACGGCUGACCAGGCUCUGCACAUCGCCGUGGCGAGGGGCCGCCUCGACUGCGCCAUGGUGUUGCUCACCCAUGGCGCCAGCACCAAUGCCAGGGGCCAGGAUGGCAACACGCCCCUGCACCUGGCCAUGAAGCAUGACCACCUGGAUAUGAUCAAAGCCAUCAUCGUGUUUGGAGGAGAUGUUGAGGUCCCAAAUGAUUUUGGGGAGACACCAGGGCUAUUGGCAGCCAGGAGCAGCAAAGGUGCGAACCGGAAAGUGCUCUUAGACCUGCUGCAAACUGUAGGGACCGAACGCUGCCACCCACCCAACCCCGACUCCCCAAGCCUGGCACCAUCUGCCGCCUCCUCCUUCCUGGAAGGCCAACCUUCCACGUGGAGCAGCUCCAGCAGCUUAGGGUACAAGGACCUUCUGUAUGUUUCUGCAACACUUGGACAGUUGUUGAAGGCACCAGAUGUUUUGGACUCUCCCAGUGAGGGCAGAAGAAAUCACGACCGCCUCCUGUGCCUGGAUGGAGGGGGCAUCCGGGGCCUGGUGCUCAUCCAGCUCCUCCUGGCUAUCGAGAAAGCCGCGGGCCGGCCCAUCCGGGAGAUUUUUGACUGGAUUGCGGGGACCAGCACCGGCGGGAUCUUGGCCUUGGCUAUUGUACACGGGAAGUCCAUGGACUACAUGCGCUGCCUGUACUUCCGCAUGAAGGACAUGGUGUUCCAGGGCUCUCGGCCCUACGAGUCAGAGCCCCUGGAUGAGUUCUUGAAGAAGGAAUUUGGGGAAAACACCAAAAUGACAGAUGUCCAGACACCCAAGGUCAUGGUGACGGGGACACUGUGUGACCGGCAGCCAGCUGAGCUCCACCUGUUCCGGAAUUACCCCGUACCGGAGACAAAAACCCCCACUGAAUAUAAAACAAGCGCAUCUUUCAAACCCCUCACUCAGCCAGAGCAGCAGCUGGUGUGGCGCGCGGCUCGCUGCAGCGGCGCCGCUCCCACCUACUUCAGGCCCAUCGGGCGCUUCCUGGACGGCGGGCUGCUGGCCAACAACCCCACCCUCGAUGCCAUGGCCGAGAUACACCACUACAACAAGACGCUCCUCAAGAAGGGUCAGAGGCAGAAAGUAAGGAAGUUGGGGCUGGUGGUGUCCCUGGGAACAGGGAAGCCCCCGCAGGUCCCAGUGAGCUCUGUGGAUGUUUUCCGCCCCUCCAACCCCUGGGAGCUGGCGAAGACCGUCUUUGGGGCCAGGGAGCUGGGCAAGAUGGUGGUGGAUUGUUGCACCGACGCAGACGGCCCCGCCGUGGAUCGGGCCCGGGCCUGGUGUGAGAUGACAGACAUCCCCUAUUUCCGGCUUAGCCCUCAGCUGCACACGGAGGUGAUGCUGGACGAGGUGAACGACACGGUGCUGGUGAACGCUCUGUGGGACACCCAGCUUUACAUCUACCAGCAGCGGGAGCAGUUCGAGCAGCUGGUGCAACACCUCUGCCAGUGACUGACCUGGAGGCUCCCGUCCGUCCCCGUGGUGAUCCAUCCCCUGAAGUGCCUCGGAUUUGCCCUUAACCAAGGUGUUGAGGUGGGGGAGGGACGGCUGCUACGACUACUAGUGAGGAGUUAAUGAUAUUUAAUAGACAACAGUGCACAUACACACGUAUCCCAGGAGACACCUGUGUACUCCCACACAGCUGUGAAAUGCUGAUGGUUGUUUUCCUGCUGUAGCCCCAUCCCUGGUGCUGUGCCGGGUUUUGUUGCUCUGCUCUCUGAACACACAGCCCUUCCCAGAAGGCAGAGCCCCUACCUACCUGUCCUGAGCUGUAGCAGCUGGAGUCUGUCUCCUGGCUGGGCAGCACCUCCACUGACAAAGCACCACGCACCUUCCCGUGUCACAGAACAGGCCAAGGAUGGGUAAAGCUUCAGGGAUUACUUGGCCCACUGGGGCUGAGGCCUUCUGGAGUGUAAUGUGGGAGGAGAAAGAGUUUCUCUUCCUUCCUCAACAUGCCCCAUUGGAAGGGGAGCAGAAACACUGCCACUUUCUGCAGUAGCUAUGACACAAAUGUUGAGACUGGCCUUAGGAUAGGGGGACCCUCUCCUGAGCACCGGUUCCAUCACACUUUCCCUUUUCCCCUCUGAGAUGGACUGACAGCGUGGGUACAGACUGUGCCCAGGGGGAGAGCAGACACCCCCAGAGACUGUUUUGUACCACCUGACUUGCUGUGCUCCUCUUUGCUCAAGGGCUGGGAUGAGAAAGCCUGUCUUCACUCUCAGCAAGCUCCAGACAAGGAACAAUAGCCUUGACUUGGUAGUGAGUUUGUUUCUCUUUGUUCUUAAAGUGGAACUGAAAUGCUCUGGGAUAAGUCCCACCAAAGCAACUGACCCUGUGACAUUUUGGAUUUCUUUUGUUGUUGUUGCUGAAAACAAUGAAUGUUCCACCACUCAGUGUUUCUGUGGUAAGUUUUCAUGUUUAGAAAUAAUGUGUCUAUUUAUUUGGAGGUGUUUGGAGGAGUAGCCUGAAAAACUGAAUUCAUUCUCAUUUGUUUUUGGCUGGGUGGACUGCCGUUGUGCUGUUGCCACCGCGACAUGAAAUAAAGAGAGCUUUGUGUUUGGUUCCA